AUGAUGGCAAGAAGCAGUAUGGAAGCUGGGCCAUCAUCCGAGAUUUCCCCAACUAUGGAUCAAUGCCAUUCGAGUUCUCUUCAAAGGAAGAAGAGACGUUUGCACGCUGAUCAACGUGCACAACUUACCUACCAAAAAAUUGCAGCAGAACGGAAAGCUGAAAAAGAAAAACGUCAACUGGAAAGAGAGAAGAGGCAAAAAGUUUUGGAAGAAUACACUUCAAUUAAACAAAGGAUGAAUAAAGCAUUAUUAAAAAAGAACAAACGGGGACAGCCAAAUCUCAACGCUCAAAUAGAAGUUUUGUUGGAAAAGAUUGAAAAACGGAUGCAAAAGUCAUAA